AUGAGGAAAGCCAUUGAUUUUCUGCUGAUAACAUCAGUAGUUCACUUUUAUUCUUUUGUUUGCGUCAAAGCCACACCAGAUUUCGGAUUCCAGCCGGCUUCAUUACCGUCAAUAACUCCUGCCAGUACAGGUAUCGUCAAAACACCUAAUUCUGGAGGACAACAAGCUUCAUCGCUAGCAUCACUUCCUGCCAGUACAGCUAACAUCAAAGCCACACCACUUCCCGGAGUCCAACAGGCCACGCCACUUGCCGGAGUCCAGCACGGUCCACAUCUACCACCUGCCACUGUAGUUUACCGUUCAAAGGAACAGCUCAAGGGUGUCUACUACCAAGCAGGAAAACAUAAUCGCAUAAUUAAAAUAAAAAAAGAAUUAAGUUCACAAAUCGAUAGUGAUCAUAGAACAGGUGUAUCUACUUUUAUUGGCCGAACUUCUUCUAAAAGACCUCAUUCUCCUGAGAGCUCUAAUUCUCUUGUUAGACCUCAUUCUAGUGUCGGGCAUCCUACACCAUUUGAACUUCAUCUUUCUGCCGAACUUCCUUCCACCUCCAAAAUUCAUGCCCCUGUAGAACUUAGUCCACCUUUCAGACUUAAUCAACCCUGCAAACUUAAUGCACCCUUCAGACUUCAUCCUUUUUUCGGACUUCAUCCUCCUUCUGGAUCUCCCAGUCAGCACCAACUAUCAAAAAUAGGACUAAAAAUGUACUAUUUUCCUGCCAAUAAAACGCUUCGAACGAAGAAAUCACAUAAAGUCUUUGAGACUAUUAUGCCAAACAAAGUUUAUACUGUAAUAGCAACAUUCGAUGGAAAAGUCCUUGGCCUAGUGGACGAAAAGGGUGUUUGUCGUGGAAUAUAUAAUAAUCGCCAAAGACGAGUGACAGUGAACAUGAUAACUCAGGUUGUUAAGUUUAUUACCAAAGAAGAAAUGGAUUAUUGGCCAGUAGGAGUAGAAACAGAACCAAUUUCCAAUGACAUCUGCAUAACUCCAUCAUGCCAAGAAGCAGCCAUUCAGAUCCAGAAAGAUAUGGACCCCACGGUAUCACCAUGCGAUAACUUUUAUGAAUUCGCCUGUGGAAACUUUUUGAAGACUACAGUAAUUCCUAAAGAUGAUGCAAUUGCAGACAAAUUCAAUCUGGUGAUUAAAGAACUUGAACCGAAAUUAAGGAAUGUUAUCGGAGAGGAAAUUAAAGACAAUGAACCAAAAGCAUUUGUAGUUGCAAAGAACUUUUAUCAAGCUUGUAUGAACAAAGCUACCAUUAAUGCCAAGGGUUUAAGCCCAGCGAUCGACACCUUAAAGCAAUUAGGAGGUUGGCCAGUCAUCGAAGGUGAGAACUGGCUAGAUGAAGACUUUGAAUGGAAAGUAUCAGUCUACAAAUUCAGAAAAGUAGGAUUUUCAGUUAAUUACUUCAUUCACUUUGAUGUUGUGGAAGAUCCGAAGAACAGUACGAAACGAAUAAUUGAAAUUGACCAAGCAUCUCUCGGCCUGCCUCGUGAAUAUUUAAUAAAAGGUUUAAGUGAUAAGAUCGUCAGUGCGUACUAUAGUUACAUGGUCGAUAUAGCGGUUAUUUUUGGUGCUAACCGAACAGAUGCCGAAACUGAAUUGACUGAAUCACUCGAAUUCGAAAUGAAACUCGCCAAUAUAUCUCUUCCAAAGGAAGAACGACGAAACCAUACUGCUCUCUACAAUCCAAUAACUGUGAAAGAGCUCACUGAGAAUUAUAUGUCUAUUCCUUGGAAGGAAUACAUUAACAAUAUUCUUAAGCCAAACGUCGAGGUUGGUGAAGACGAAUUGGUGACACUAAAUGUACCAUCCUACUUGAAGGAAUUCGAAAAGCUGAUAAAGAAAAUCCCAAAGAGGGUUCAAGCCAAUUAUAUUAUGUGGAGAGUCGCUAGUGAAAUGAUCAAUUAUCUCAGCGAUGAUAUUCGUAGGCGAGAAUUAAAGUACUUAACCGAGAUCAGUGGCAAAGCUGAAAGGAAAACUAGAUGGAGGGAGUGCAUAGAUCAAAAAGAUCUAACCUAUGGAACUCUAGGAUUGAGCGUCGGUGCACUCUAUGUCAGGAAAUAUUUCAUUGAAGAUUCCAAGAAAAGUGUAGUCGAGAUGGUCACCGAUAUUCGCCAGGAGACGUCUAAAGUUCUUCAAUCGGUAGAGUGGAUGGACGAGAAAACAAAGGAGAGUGCUUUAGAAAAAGCUGACUCCAUGGGCAUUCAUAUUGCCUAUCCAGAUGAACUUCUAGACGACAAGAAACUUGAAAAAUUCUACGAAAAUUUGGAAAUUAAUCCGGAUGAUUAUCUUCAAGCCAUUUUGAAUCUGACUCUUUUCGAAACUGAAUAUACCUUCGGGCAGUUACGGAAACCUGUAAACAAAUCGGACUGGAUCACUCAUGCUAAAGCUGCCAUCGUGAAUGCCUACUAUUCUCCAUUCGAGAAUAGUAUUCAAUUGCCGGCCGGAAUUUUACAGGCCGCUUUCUUCAAUAAUGACAGACCUCGAUACAUGAACUACGGUGCGAUUGGCUUUUUUAUUGGACACGAAUUAACUCACGGUUUCGAUGAUAGGGGUCGUCAGUUUGACAAGGAUGGAAACCUCGUAGAUUGGUGGGAACCAGCAACCAAAACGAAAUACCUUGAAAAAGCUAAGUGUAUCAUUGAACAGUAUGGAAAUUAUACUGCUGAAGAAGUAGGUUUGAACGUAGGUUUCAAUUACCUGAAAUUCUAGAGUUUGGAAUUCAUAAUUACGUAUGAAUUUUGGAUCAGUGCAGCUCAAGCUUGGUGUAGCAAAUACAGACCAGAGAUUUUGAAACGAAUCAUCAUAACUAAUCUUCACAGUCCAUCAGAAUUCAGAGUCCAAGGCCCAUUCUCCAACAGGCCCGAAUUUUCGAAAGACUUUAACUGCUCUGCAGAUGCCAAGAUGAAUCCUAAGAAUAAAUGUUCUGUUUGGUAA